AUGGCGACGACAACCACCACCACGAACGGCACCUCCAAUCUCAAAAUCUCAAAGCGUCCCUGGAAUUCAAGAGGCCACGCCGACCACGGCUGGCUCUACACCUUUCACACGUUCUCCUUCGCCUCGUACUACGAUCCCUCCCACGAAUCCUUCGGCCCCCUGCGCGUCAUCAACGAAGACCGCGUCGAGCGCGGCACCGGCUUCGGCAAGCACAGCCAUAAGGAAUUCGGCAUCUGGAGCUACAUCCUCUCCGGCGAGCUCGAGCAUCGCGAUUCAAUGGGGAACCUGGAGAAGCUGAGGAGAGGAGAAGUCCAGUUCACGAAUGCGGGGACGGGGAUCAGUCAUUCGGAAUACAACCGCAAUGAAGAGGAGGACUGCCAUUUCAUUCAGAUCUGGUCGAAGCUGGAUAAGAGGGGCUUGAAGCCGAGUUAUUGCACGAGGAAGUAUCCUGAUGAGAUGAAGCGGGAUCGACUCGUGCGGAUCAUCGAAAGUAGCGAGAGACAUAAUGGCAAAGAGGGACCGCACGAACCGAUUGAGAUUCAUGCGGAUUUGAGCAUGGAUGCGAGUAUUUUGAGCCCGGGAAAGAAAGUUGUGCAUGAGGUUGUGGGGAAGGAAGGGGAGGAAAGGAAUGUUUAUUUGCAUGUUGUUAUGAGUACUGGGAGGACGCAGCCAAAGGCGGGCGGGGCGAAGAUCAAGGUUGGGGAUGUCGUGUUGGGAGAGGGAGAUGGGGCGUAUGUCACCGGAGCGAAAGGAUCAGGUACGAUUGAGGUCGAGAGUGUGGGGGAGAAGGAGGCGGAGUUUUUAUUGUUUGAUAUGGGGGAGGAGUGA